AUAACCAAUUCCAAUUCGUGUCCAAUUGGUUCCUAAAUUGAGCAUUUAGCCUUUCCAUGAAAGAAAACUUUAUCAUAUCUAUAGAAAUUUGGUUACUGCAUCAGUUAGUUUGUCGAUCAUCUAUGAUUUUUUUUGCUUUAAUUAAGUGUAAUAUUUUGACUGACUUGUUUAAAUCCUUCUUUCAAGUUAUUGAAGCAAACAUUCUGGGCAAGUUGAAGUUCAUCUUGGUUGAGGCACGAAACCUAUAAGGCUUUACUCUUUUUUCUGUUAAGAUGGCAGAUUCAAGUGAGCCCCAGCUUCCCAGAAAAGAACCUCAACAAUCUGAACAAGUCUGCAAUUUCUUUAGGAAGCCAACAAAGGGGAAAAAUAUAAGGAAAAGGACAAUAAACGAGGAUGAAGAUGAGGAUUCCGGAAAUGGCUCAUCUUUGUUGCAAAAUCAGAGAAAGACCUCAAAGGCUGACAAUAAGUUAUACUUCUCAACUGGAUCCUCCAAGACUGCUGCUGCUGAAUCAAAUACAGAACCUGACAAACCAAUUUUUCAAUUUGAAUCUUCGAAGGAAAUACAAGUUCAAAAUGAUAGCAGAGCCACAGCAAUAUUAGAAACCGAGACGGAGUUCACAAAAGAUGCUCGAGCUGUACGUGAGAAAGUUCUUAAAAGAGCAGAGGAGGCUCUGAAGGGGAAAAACACGAGCUCCGGGGGAGAAAAAUUGUACACUGGAAUGCAUGGCUAUGUAGAUCAUAAAGCUGGGUUUCGAAGAGAACAAACUGUUGCCAGUGAGAAAGCUGGUGGCUCACAUGGACCUCUUAGGGCUUCUGCCCACAUCAGGGUUUCAGCAAGGUUUGAUUAUCAACCAGACAUCUGUAAAGACUACAAAGAAACUGGUUACUGUGGUUACGGUGAUUCAUGUAAGUUCAUGCAUGACCGCGGAGAUUACAAGUCCGGAUGGCAGUUAGAGAAGGAUUGGGAAGAAGCGGAGAAAGCAAGGAAAAGAAAUCUUGCAUUGGGUGGAGAUGAUGAUGACGAUGAGGCCGGGGCAGCUCAGAGUGACGACGAUGACGAGGAUUCAUUGCCCUUUGCAUGUUUUAUUUGCCGGCAGCCAUUUGUCGAUCCUGUUGUUACUAAAUGCAAGCACUACUUCUGUGAGCACUGUGCUUUAAAGCAUCAUGCGAAGAAUAAGAAGUGUUUUGUAUGCAACCAACCCACCCUUGGCAUUUUCAAUACAGCUCAUGAGAUACGACGAAGGAUGGCUGAAGAGGGUAAACUGAAACCCCAUUGAUGCUUUGCUCUCUUGAGCAUUUUUAUUUGUUGUUGAGUACUCAGGCAUGGUUGUGUUGGACUUUGAGGGCUUUUUUUGGGUUAAAUUUACUUGACUAGUUCUUGUAAGAAUCAUAUCUUCAUACUCAUUAGUCCAAUAUGUGCCAAUCAUAUGGUAUUAAAGCUACUCAAUUUCCUUGUGAGAAUUUAUCUCAUUUGCCGAAACUAGUUUUACAAAAUGAAGUUAUGUUUUGCACA